AGAUAAUAAAAAGUCAAAAGUACUACAGAAGAUAAAGACGAACAAUGUGUGCUUGUGUUCAAUUUGCAUUUUCCCUCUCAUUAGUUGACUAAUAAUGCAACAAGCUUCCAGACAUCUCCACGCCUCUAUAGAUUUCAACUUUCUGUUGACUUCAAUUGUUUUCUUCCUCAAAUUGCGAUUAGAAACCCUAAUCCUUUUCAUUCUUCCGAUCCGUCCCACUCUUUUAAUGCUUAUAAACGCACAUACAAUCUCACCUGCAGAUUCAACACAUGUCAGUCUGCCGUCUCCUAUCUGUCAACUCCAUCUACCGACUCAUCUCUCUUUCAUAAACCUCCAUAGAUUCUCCGUAAUACGCAUCUCAAAUGGAGCCGCCGUUGUGCAUAUUGGUAACUGGUGGUGCUGGAUAUAUAGGGAGUCACACCGUGUUGCAGCUGCUGUUAGACGGUUAUAAGGCGGUGGUGGUUGACAAUCUCGAUAAUUCCUCUGAAGUCGCUAUCAAUCGAGUUCAAGAACUCGCCGGUGAUCGCGCUUUAAACCUAUCUUUUCACAAGAUGGACAUCCGGGAUAAGCCUGCACUAGAGAAGCUUUUUGCCUCCACAAAGUUUGAUGCUGUUAUACAUUUUGCUGGAUUAAAGGCAGUUGGCGAAAGUGUAGAGAAGCCAUUGAUGUACUACAACAACAAUAUCAUUGGUACUUUAACUCUGUUGCAAGUCAUGACUGCCUAUGGAUGCAAAAAGCUUGUGUUUUCAUCAUCUGCUACUGUUUAUGGGUCACCAAAGGAGGUACCAUGCACAGAAGAGUUUCCUUUGUCUGCGGUCAACCCAUACGGACGGACCAAGCUGAUGAUUGAGGAGAUAUGCCGUGAUAUAUACAGCUCAGAUCCGGAUUGGAAAAUAUUAUUAUUGCGAUUUUUUAAUCCAAUUGGAGCGCAUCCUAGUGGCAAAAUAGGUGAAGAUCCUCAUGGAAUUCCAAAUAAUCUUAUGCCAUUUCUUCAACAAGUUGCUGUUGGGAGGCAACCUAAACUCCAAGUAUAUGGGACUGAUUACUCAACAAAAGAUGGAACUGGGGUUCGCGAUUACAUCCAUGUUGUAGAUUUAGCAGAUGGACAUGCUGCUGCAUUGAGAAAGUUCUCUGAUCCUAAAAUAGGUUGUGAAGUUUAUAACUUGGGGACAGGUAAAGGGACAUCUGUUUUGGAGCUGGUGUCUGCAUUUGAAAAGGCUUCAGGAAAGAAAAUCCCGAUGGAAAAGACAGGGAGAAGGCGUGGUGAUGCUGAGAUUAUAUACGCGUCAACAGCAAAGGCAGAACGUGAAUUGAACUGGAAGGCAAAGUAUGGAUUAGAAGAGAUGUGUAGAGAUCAAUGGAAUUGGGCCAGCAAAAACCCCAAAGGCUAUCAAAACGAAGAUGAUGUAGUCAACUAA